AUGGUGUUGAAACAUUCGAAAACUCACAAUAAGGACCUACAGCAUCAGUGUCCGUAUUGUUCUUCAAAGUUCGCACAGUCAUCUAGCCUAAAGAACCAUAUCCGCACUCACACUGGCGAAAAGCCAUACCAGUGUAAAAUCUGUGGCAAAGCGUUCAGACAAUCAAAACAUUCGAAAACUCACAAUAAGGACCUACAGCAUCAGUGUCCGUAUUGUUCUUCAAAGUUCGCACAGUCAUCUAGCCUAAAGAACCAUAUCCGCACUCACACUGGCGAAAUGCCAUACAAGUGUAAAGUCUGUGACAAAGCCUUCCAUUUAUCAGGCAGUCUGAUACAUAUCCGCACUCACACCGGCGAAAAGCCAUACAAGUGUAAAAUCUGUGGCAAAGCGUUCAGACAAUCAAGCAAUCUGGCAGACCAUUCGAAAAUUCACAAUAAGGACAAACAGCAUCAGUGCCCCCAUUGUUCAUCAAAAUUCACACUGUUAUCUCACCUAAAAAGUCAUAUCCGCACUCACACCGGCGAAAAGCCAUACCAGUGUAAAGUAUGUGACAAAGCGUUCAGG